AUGGAAGCCAUGUCGGUGUGUUCGCCGAUCCGUGCCGCCUCGCAGCUCCCCGCCGUUCGAUCCCUUCACGGCGAUGCUCUCGGACAAUCGAUAAGGAGCUCAAAUUCCGUUAGCCUACCAAUUCCCAAGGCUCUUUCAGCCGGUCAGAUCUUGCCAGGAGGCUCUGCUCCUCAGAAGCUGCAGAUCCAGGCAAAGAUUCUGAAAACUAAGAGAGCCCCGAGAGACCCGGACUACCCGUGGCCGGAUAAGUACAAUGCGGAGGAGAAGGGGUUCCUGGCGUUCCUGUCCAAGUUUAAGGACGUAGCCAAGCCCACUAAGCCGAUGGCGUUGCCGUUCGAGAAACCGCUGGUCGACCUCGAGAAGAAAAUUGAGGAGGUUCGCCAGCUGGCGGAUAAGACUGGCAUGGACUUCACGGACCAGGUGCAGGAGCUGCAGGACAAGUACGAGCAGCUGAAGCGCGACAUCUACGCGAGAAUAACUCCGGUUCAGCGGCUCAGCGUGGCGCGUCACCCCAACCGCCCCACUUUCUUGGACCAUGUCCUCAACAUGACUGACAAGUGGGUGGAGCUGCACGGCGACCGCGGGGGCUACGACGACCCGGCGCUGGUGUGCGGGAUCGGGCGCAUGGACGGCAUGAGCUUCAUGUUCAUGGGGCACCAGAAGGGGCGCAACACCAAGGAGAACAUCUACCGCAACUUCGGCAUGCCCACGCCCAACGGGUACCGCAAGGCGCUGCGCAUGAUGCGCCACGCGGACCACCACGGGUACCGUAAGGCGCUGCGCAUGAUGCGCCACGCGGACCACCACGGGCUGCCCAUCAUCACAUUCGUCGACACGCCCGGCGCGUACGCUGGCGUCACGGCCGAGGAGCUCGGACAGGGCGAGGCCAUUGCGCACAACCUGAGGGAGAUGUUUGGGCUCAAGGUGCCGUCAGUCAGUGUGGUGAUUGGAGAGGGCGGCUCUGGUGGUGCUCUUGCUAUUGGCUGCUGCAACAAGAUGCUCAUGCUCGAGAACGCAGUGUACUUUGUCGCCAGCCCUGAGGCGUGUGCGGCCAUUCUCUGGAAGACUGCCGCCGCCGCUCCCAAGGCCACGGAGGCGCUGCGCAUCACAGCGGAUCAGCUGCAGCAGCUGGGCGUGGUGGACGAGAUCAUCCCGGAGCCGCUGGGAGGGGCGCACAACGACCACAUGGCCACGUCAAUGGCCAUCAAGUCUGCCAUCAUGGCACACAUGAAGGAUCUGGUGCAGAAGGAUGAGCAGCGCAUCAUCUGCGAGCGGGUCGGCAAGUUUCGGCAGAUGGGCGGCUUCACUGUGCCGCCCAAGGUGGACCCCGCCAAGCAGCGCGCCCUCAAGAAGCGCGACCGCCCUGCCGGCCAGAGCGUCCCCGCCUCCCCUUCCCCCUCCCGCUCCGCAUCCCUGCCUUCCUGGGGUUCCCAGCCUCCUGCCGCACCUGCUGACAAUGGCAACGGCGCCACGUAUCCUUCGUCUGUUGUGAGCGCUGAUGAGAAUGCCAGAAGCUAG